AUGACAACACACAAAACUCCCGAGCAAAUCCUUGAACCUAUAUACAGAAAAGAGGACUUGAUCAAAAUAGAGGAAGAACUAAAAAAAGAUGAUCUGUUUAUUGAAUACAGAGGCCGCGGUGGUUCGCUUUUUAAAAAGCUGAACCCCUUGCCCCGUCAAGGUUUGGUUGAAGCACCACCCAACUAUCAGGUAACCCGGAAUUUUAUAGAAUUCGAAGGUGAAAGAGCUCUUGAUUUCGCCAUCAAACAAGGAAAGGAACAAUGGUUUACGCCUUUGCUAGUUUCGACAAGGCCGUUUCGUGGGCCAACCCUGUCCUCGGAUGAAGUGAUAACGCACAUGACGAGGGAAAUAGAGAGUUGGGAGUCCAAUCCAAUGUGUAAAACCCUUUUCGAAACAUUACAGAAGACAUUGCCUGACAAUAUCGAUAAGAUCAUUGCAUUUGGCUCGGGAUCAAUUGGGAAUCUAGAUUUGAUAAGCCCACACAGAAUAGCUGAUGUUCAAAGUUGUAGGGAGCACGCAUUACUGUUGACUGUAGCCAGGGCUUUGAAUGAAAGGAAUGGUAUUACGAACCAAAAGGAUGGUGUAGCCAUCUAUCUUCAGGAUCCUAGUUACACAAGUGUAUGCAAAAGCGCCCUUAAGACAUACGGAUUCCAGAUUGUCGACGGGUUUGGUGCCCGUGGCUUCACAAUGGUCGAUGAAAAUACUCUCGUCGUCGGCCACCAUCCCAACUAUCCUCUCCGAGAGAUUAUCGCAGAUCUUGCCCGGCCUGCCGCUAUGUGUUGGUCACCUCCAACUGAGCCGCGAUUCGAGAACGCACCCCCACGCCGCAAAGUAUAUGCCACGGACGUUGAUUCUGUCCGUAUUAGCAAGAUGUUACAAGAGUACAAAGUGAUUCCUAUUCCCGGCUUUCGUUCUAAGAUUCCUAUCCCCAACCAUGACGACUUUCAGAUAGAGUGGAUGGAGGAACCAUGUUACGACAACGUAUGGUAUGUCCGAAGUUUAUAG